AUGGCUGACUUGAUUCGCACACUAGCUGUGCAGUACUUCCAGCUGGUCGAUCCACCAACUCUGGCGCUACCACCAGGCAAUGUCCUCGUCCAGCCAGCCGUGCAGCAAGCCCUAUACGAGCACAUGUUCGACGAGACACUCACCCCACUCCCACCAACGCCGUACCGAACACGAGUUCUAAAGCAGAUACUCGCGCGGAUCGAAGAAUCAAUCACAGACCCGGAGGAAGAUGAAAUCCUAGACAGUCUAAUGGACGCCUGGGGCAACCUAGUCGUCCAACCCAAACCCUCCGCCCUGGAACAAGCCCAACAACUCUCAACCAUAAAAUACACAGCUCCCCUCCAAUCACCCCAGACCCGGGAGCGCAACGUAACAAUACUCGAAUCCCAAGGCCUGAUUCUCUCCGGUGGAACAACAGGUAACAGAACAUGGGAAGCAGCGCUACAUCUAGGCUCUUUCCUGGCCUCACCAGCCGGUGAAGCACUAGUCCAUGGGAAAAGGAUUAUUGAGCUCGGCGCGGGCACGGGGUUCCUUUCGCUAUUCUGUGCGCGGCACCUUGGUGUUCGGGGUGUUGUUGCGACGGACCGUGAGCUGUUUCUCAUUGAGAACAUGCGCACGUGUGCCCGACUGAAUCAGGCGGAUGGGGAUAUACCGUUUUAUCCGGCUGUUUGGGAUUGGGGGACGAGAUUGGAACAGACGGAUGAGAUGUCUUCGAUGACGGGGGGCGGGCCGUUGGAGUUUGAUGCUGCGCUCGGUGCUGAUUUGGUCUACGACACAGACCUCGUCCCCCUCCUCAUCUCAACGGUGCGCGACCUCUUCUCAAACUACGGGGUUAGUCAGUUCAUUACCGCUGCGACAUUGCGGAAUGAGGAUACGUUCCGGACUUUUUCGAAUGCUUGUGAGGAGAAUGCUUUUAGCGUUGAGGCGUUGCCGUUUGAGUCUACGCCUGCGGAGGAGCAGUCGGGGUUCUUUCAUUCGACGAAUAUUCCCAUUCGGACGUUUAGGAUUUCGAGAGCGUGA